AUGGCUCAUCACUACGUCCUGCGCGUCACGGCCGGACCCAACUACGACUUGGCAGACCAUACCGAAGUCCCAGUCAACACGUCAAAACCCGUCAAGAUCAACACUCACCUCAUUGACGCAGAGCUAAACGUCCGCGUCCAGAACUACCGCGGUCUCCCAAGGCAGUCACCGUCCACAUCGCCAUACUUCUCAAGCGAGCCACAUGCCACGGGCGGCGACCAGUACAGCAUCGCACUCCGCUUCACGCCCAAGAAGCCUACCAAGGCGGCCUCGGGUGACAAAGACAGUGACGACGAGGAAGCACAAGGGAUCUCGGCUACUGAUCUCCAGUGGGGCAAUGACUUCGACCACCCCAUCCGCGAUCGUCUCCCUCCCGGGUUCGGCACCGCCAUGAAGAUAGUGAAAUGGUGGAUCGAUCCCGGUCUAGAAGGCGACCCAUACGCCGACUCGCCGUAUCUCUACGGGCCGGCGCUCAGCUCCUUCAACGCCGUCCACGUCGGCGAGGGGACGUUCGACGAGGACAAGGGCGGCCUGUGGUUCGAGGAGGGCGGCGACGACGACGGCCUGGAGGCGAGACAGCGGGUUGGCGCGCCCGUCGACAACAAGGGCCGCAUGAAGUGGGCGCUGAACGCCGACAACAAGGCCAAGUGGGUGUGGGAGUACGGCCGCACGUACGGCGUGGAUUUCUUUAACCCGUAUCUGGACUUCUCCGAGUUUGCACUGCGGCUGCCUGGCUUCAACCUUCCCAUCAUAAGAUAUUGGGACGGUCAAGGACUAAGGCCGGAGAUGAAGCGCUCACACCAGCUUAGAUACGUGCUGCGGAACCGCGCUACCGAGGAGGUCUACCUCGUGGUCCUGUUCACCCUAUACCUAAAAGAGGACGUGAACGAGGACGGCUCGCUGAAGCCCGAGGCGCUGAAGGCGUAUACUUCUGGCAAGAAGUUCCAGAACAAGGCGGCAGAGGGGUCGUCAGCUGAGGAUGAUCAUGCUAAGACGGACGAGAAUUUUGACCAUGACAAGGCAUUGGAUGAAGCGAGGAGGAGUCUGAGCCAGGUUGAUGUCACCGCCACUGAAGAGACUAGUGCAGAUGAUGUCGAUUAG